AUGAGUUGGCUAUGCUGGAACGUGCGUGGGCUUGGGAACCGGCGCACCGUUCGUGAGCUCGAAGCUUUAGUCCGAGCACAAGAUCUCGUUGCCCUGUUUUUGGCUGAGACGUGGGCAGAUGAAGAUAGACUCUGCAGUUUGUGUAAUAAAUUAAACUUCGAUCAUGCAUGGAUUGUUCCUCGGAUCAACAGUACUGGGUGUCUCAGCCUCUUUUGGAAAAAGAUAGUCCACAUCGAAGUGAUCUCCUCCUCGCCGAACCACGUGGAUACAAUUGUUGGGAAUUCCGACGAGGAUCGAUUGCAUUUUACCAGUAUAUAUGGUUUUGUAGAUUCAAGAAGGAAGCAAGAAACUUGGUCUCUGUUGCGCCAGCUGCACCGACGUAUCUCCUUUCCCUGGCUCUGUGUAGGAGACUUCAACGAAAUAAUGUGGGCGCACGAAAAAUUGGGCAGGGGUCCGAGACAAGAUCGCAUGAUGAUGGAGUUUAGGGAAGUCCUGGAUGAAUGCGGUCUAAUGGAUUUGGGCUAUAGAGGUGAGAAAUACACCUGGAAAGGAAAACGCCCAGGGGGUAUGGUCUUGGAGUGGCUUGAUCGGGCAGUAGCGAAUAACACUUGGUUUGCUUCCAACCCGGGUACUCAGGUACAACACUUACAAUCUCACGCAUCGAAUCAUAGACCAAUCAUAGUGAAGCCGGAUGGAAUCUUCCCCAAACCAUGCAGACCUUUCAAAUUUGAGAAAAUGUGGCUGAGCGACAGGGGAUGCUCUGAUACAGUCAUCUCGGCAUAG